AGCGCGGUGACUCAGCACGGUGGGGUGGGCCGGGCCGGGGCGGGGCGCGCCCACCCAUAUAAGGCUCGGGGCCGCCGCCGCGGGCGCUGGAGUUCCGCUGCCGCCGCCGCUGCUGCUGCCGCCGCUGCUUCUGCUGCUGAGUUUCGCGUCGCCAUCAUGCCGCCCUACACCAUCGUCUACUUCCCUGUUCGAGGGCGCUGCGAGGCUAUGCGCAUGCUGCUGGCCGACCAGGACCAGAGCUGGAAGGAAGAGGUGGUGACCAUGGAGAGCUGGCCUUCACUCAAGGGCUCCUGUCUGUACGGGCAGCUCCCCAAGUUCCAGGAUGGAGACCUGACCCUGUACCAGUCCAAUGCUAUCUUGCGUCACCUGGGCCGCUCCCUCGGGCUGUAUGGGAAGGACCAGCGGGAGGCAGCCCUGGUGGACGUGGUGAAUGAUGGUGUGGAGGACCUUCGCUGCAAAUACGCCACCCUCAUCUACACAAACUACGAGGCGGGCAAGGAGGACUAUGUGAAGGCACUGCCCCAGCACCUGAAGCCUUUUGAGACCCUGCUGUCCCAGAACCAGGGUGGCCAGGCCUUCAUCGUGGGCAACCAGAUCUCCUUUGCCGACUACAACCUGCUGGACUUGCUUCGGAUUCACCAGGUCCUGGCCUCCAGCUGCCUGGACUCCUUCCCCCUGCUCUCGGCCUACGUGGCCCGCCUCAGCGCCCGGCCCAAGCUCCAGGCCUUCCUGGCCUCCCCGGAGCACGUGAACCGCCCCAUCAAUGGCAACAGGAAACAGUGAGGGCUUGUGGCACUCUCAGCAAGAGGCAGGGAGCUGCCUGCUUCUCUUUCCCUAGGACCAAUAAAGUUUCCAAGA